CUCGCUUCCGCUCCGGAGCUCCGAGACAGAUGGCAGAAGUCGCUCCCGCCGCCGCGCCGGCCAAAGCGCCCAAGAAGAAAGCAGCUUCAAAGAGCAAGAAAUCAGGCCCGAGCGUCGGCGAGCUCAUCAUCAAAGCGGUUUCUGCGUCGCAGGAGAGGAGCGGCGUGUCCCUCUCCGCCUUGAAGAAAGCUUUACAGGCCGCCGGAUACGAUGUGGAGAAGAACAACUCCCGCGUCAAAAUCGCCGUCAGGAACCUUGUGAGGAAAAGCGUCCUGGUGCAGACCAAAGGGACCGGUGCGUCUGGCUCUUUCAAGCUGAACAAGACGCAGACCGAAGGCAAGAAGCCCGCCAAGAAAGCCGUGCCCAAAGCCAGAAGGGCGGCCGCCAAAAAACCCACUGUGACUAAGAAGCCCAAGAAGGUAGCGGCCAAGAAGUCUCCGAAGAAGGCCGCCGCCAAGAAAGCCACGAAGAGCCCGAAGAAGGCAAAAAAACCGUCGACCCCCAAAAAGGCUGCCAGUAGCGCGAAGAAGACAAAAACUACGAAGCCCAAAGCCGUAAAGCCCAAAACGGCCAAGAUGAAAAAGGCGGCCCCCAAAAAGAAAUGUGUGUUUUUCCUGCAGCCUUUGUAUGCAUAUAAACGGACAGCUGUGUCAAAAACAAACUUGCAAAAUAGCAGCUUCACGAGCUCACAGAUGGUUUUGGAGGUGAGGCAGUAGAUGAGGAGAGUUUUCCUCUUUUAGAUGAGGGCCCCAUUGCGAGUCUCAUUCCCAAAAUUGGCCUCCGAUCACAAUUUCUAAAACACUACAGAGAAUUAGUCAGUAACUAAUGUCACCACAGCAAAUAGCUCUACUGAAUAUGUGAAUAAAACAGCAUAUGUUGGUUUUCACUG